AUGAAACUCCUGCUUUUCCUCUUCCCAUUGAUUGGUGAGUAACUUGCCACAGACGGGAUUGUUGCUUGCUUAGUGUGCGCUGCACCCAAUCUGCUUCGGAACCAGGGGUGCUGGUGCUGGAAUGGUCUCCUCAAUAUGGGGGAUUUGCCAAACCCAGGUGACAUUUAAUUGUUUCGCCAACUUGCAAACAUUCCAGCUGGAAAUAUUUAUCGGCAAGGAUGGACCUAUCUUUUCAUUUCUAGUUUCACAUUUUUCCAUCCUUAGUUCAGCUUAUCCACAUUUCUACAUCAGCCUUAAAGAGAAAAAAAAAGACCUAGUAAGAAUUUAUCAGCCUUUUAGUGCAAGUUUCUUGUAAUAUACAAUUUUUUGGUAGGCGUUAUAUUGUUGGAGAACUGCAUUGCAAAAUUCAGAGACGUAAAGCUUUCAAAGGAUAGCUGUGUUUCAAUUUACAUAUUGGUUUAUGACUUAGUUUAAACAGUCAUAGCCUCCCCCAAAGAAUUCUGGAAGCUACAGUUUGUUAAGCUGCACAUUGUUUCCCUAAAUCCCGGAGGAAAGCAUGCAGCCAAUCAGUGCAGCUGGCUGCUGUGGGAAUAAGGAGGAAAGAAUCAGUCCAUUUUGGUCCUUUCGGACCCUCAGAUUUUUCCACCUUAAAUUCAGUUACACACACAAACACACACACACACACACACACUCCUUGUGAAAAUUCUUCAGCUUUCUAGUGUAAAUUUCUCCUAAGCAGCACAAUUUUGUAUGCAGUUUUGACCUGUGUACACAUUUUUGCAAGCAAUUUCUCAUGACCAAAUGCAUUUUUGUACAUUGCUUUCACUAAUAUAUUUAUUUUUAUGCACACCAGUAUUUUUGUUGUUGUUGUAAAACAUGUACAUUUUGGUAAACAUUAUUUGACUGGAGAACUUGCAUUGCAAAAAAAAUAAAAUCAGUUAUGUUCAACCUUCGACGGAUGACUGUGUUUUGGUUCUCAUAUUAUUUUGGAAAGUGUGAAUUUGAUGGAUUCAGCUUUAAAUGAGAAGUGCAUUAGAUUUCUUCCCCUAAUCUCUAGCUGACACACAGGUCACCUGGACACCCCCAAUACGAUGAGACCACUGCAACACCUUGUGCUUCUUUUUAAAUUAUAGCCAUUCUUUCUAAACCUGGAUAUAUCCACCUAAAAAUGAGUAUCUGCAAAUUUUAUGCAAAACCACUCCUUCCCCACCCAUUGAUAAUCUGUAAGAAAUCGAGAUGGCAAUUCAGGGGGCCAGUAACAACUGCACAUCGCACUCUUGUUCCAGGGACGGCUCCACAGAUCAGUUCAAAAGCUGGUGACCCUGAGCAUGUCUCCAGGAGUGAUGAGGCAACCGGAGGCUCCUUUGGCAGUGAUGAGAAUGUACAGGUGUGGCCAGGUAUGGGAGUACCAGCAUCAUAUGGCUUUUGCAUAAAAAUAGUGUUUUACUCACAUAAAAGUCUUGCCCUCAAUUCCAGCAUUAAAAGUAAUGAAAGGAAGGCCAGCAAACUCUACUUCUAGAUUACAAAAUACAUAGUUGAGUUAAAAAAUGGAGUCUCUGCUGAAGCGGAGACCAGACAGAUAUCUCUCUGCCUUGGAGGCAUAGUGGAAAAGAGAGAAUGAGUUCUAUGGCAGGGAGAAGUAGAUAAGAUUACGGUAGAUGCUUUUGACUUUCCCCCCAUCAGAGAACUCAAGGGAAGUGACAUCACACAGUGCCUUCUCUAGUAAUCAGGAGCUCUGUGAGUCUUAACCCCUUCAUAUCCUUAUUUAGGAAACAUGCAUUGUUGGAUUUGACUGUAAAUUCCCACAGCAUAGGGGUGUGUGAUGAAACUAGCUUAGUGCACAAAGAGAAAAUGCACAUUCAUUGCUCUGCUCGCUUUUGCCUCUGGCCCCAUCCGCUCCUGGCAUGUGGCCCCUGGAAAGCUGCCCUGAAGAGAAUGCGGCUCUCCGGCUGAAAACAGUCUCCCACUGCUGUUCUAUGGCUUGCUGUCCCUUUCCUCAGGAUGCAAAUAAUUAAGAAACCCCAUGAAAAACAAUCAGGGCUUCUGCUGCUCGUUCCUCGACUUCCCCUUCGAGAAAACCUACAUGAAUAAUAUAUAGCCUUCGUUUCCGCUAUUGUCGGGGGAAAGAGGAAAGCUGAGUAGCAGAUCCAUCGGAGGCUGUCCUUAGAGGGAUAUCCACCUCCGCUCUGAUGUUUCUUGCCAGAGAAGGGAGCGGAGAGCAGAGAGAACUCAACUCUCUACUGCUAAUGUCUUAAAGCAAGUAAGAUUGGAUGCAACCACCAGUUGCAGAAGGAGGAGGAGGAGGAGGGUUGGCCAUCAGCUCAAGCUAGUAGCUAGGCUCUGGGUUCUAUUGAUUUGGCCUUACACCCAGUAGAGGUUUGUCUAUUAGGGCAGAUGUGGCACUGCCUCACCAACUGCUCUCAGCCACCCCACCCUGCCCUUGCCCAGGGGGGUGUCCCUGGCUUCCAGCUUCCUCCUCCUUAGUUUUAAUGUAAAACUCUUCAGGGAGGAGAAGGAUGCAGACAAAAAUAUACUGACGUGCCUCCACCUGUCAUUGGCUCUGAUUCCACCUACUGUUUGGCUUCCCUGUCUUCCACCCUGUUAACGGAGAAAUCUGAGGGCUCCUUUGGACAAAAAGCAAGGACACCAGCCAGGAAUAUCAGAGCAAAACAGCAGCCAGUAGGCUUGGUCUUUAUGGAAGACUGUCGCGACAGGACUCCCACCUGCCACAAGGUGGAACAAGAUGGACGCCCCGAACAAAAGAGCCCCCAAACUUUUAUUAACUGCUAAUCCCCAUGUUACACCCCCCCAAACUACAUCACUCAUACAUCAUGAAAGGGGAGGUCUGGUGGCAGUAAUCUGAGCAUCCUGGACCCUGCCCCAUGGUUCCCCUUGCCGUCCACCAAACACCCAUCAAGUGUAACAAAAAAUAUAUUUACAUUUCCCUGUUUCCCAGCCAAGUUAAUCACAACCUUUUGUCUUCAUCUGGGUUUGUUAUUUCUGGAAUGGCUACCUGUCUGGCACUCAGGUAUCAGGAUGCCAGGGAUUUUCACUCAGACAGAGGGGCUGCUGAGUAGCUGAGCUCACAUGUCUAUAUGAAUUUCUGAAGUUUCCCCAGUGAACCAGUGCAUAGAUACAUUUAUGAGUGAAUUGUUAAAUUUGGUACUGUAUUGUGCAGCAAAGGCCCUUUGAAUAGACAGGAAGAAACUGUGAUGAAGUGUUUUGUGGGGACAAAUCACAAAAGUCACAAAAGCGUUUGUGCUGGUUUUGGUAGUGGGCUGCAUGUGCAUGAUAUCUGCUGGAGGGGCAACCCCCCCCCCCAACCUAUACAUAAAUUCCUGCAACAACCCUACCAGUCCCAAUGGGCAGCAGCUCUCAAUGUAUACACCAAUGUAGACACCAUGUAACCUAAGUACGGCCUGCUCUGACUGGCAGCAGGCCUUUGAGGAACCAAACGGAGGGGCUGUCAAUCAACCUGCUAGCUAGCCGAUCCUUUAAAUAAUAUAUUUUUUAAAAAAGGAUGAAGGAGACUUUUUGCAAGCAAAGCAUCUGCUGUGCUGCAGAGCUGUAGGGCAUUUCGAACCAAGGCGAUGCAGAUUCUCUGCCAAGGAAAUUGGGAUUUUGCAGCUUGUGUAAAUUAAACAAAUAACCUCUGGCAAAUCAACUUCAUUUAUAGGCACUGCAAUGGUGAGCAUGCUUUCCCUGAACAAAGCCCCACUGAGUUCAAUGGGAUUCACCGCCAGCAAAAGAAAAGAAAAAAGCUAAUGCAAUUCUAGGCUGUAUCCACAGAGGUCUAGUGUCCAGGUCAAGGGAAGUCAGAGCCCUGUUCUAUUCUGCCUUGGUCAGACCACACCUGGAGUACUGUGUCCACUUCUGGGCACCACAGUUUAAGGAGGAUAUUGACAAGCUGGAACAUGUACAGAGGAGGGCAACCAAGAUGAUCGAGGGAUCUGGAAACCGAGCCUGAUGAGGAAUGUUUGAUGGAGUUGGGGGGUGUUUUGCCUGGAAAAGAGGAGACUGGGAGGAGAUAUAAUAAAGGUAAAGGGCCCCUGACCAUUAGGUCCAGUCGUGACCAACUCUGGGGUUGCGAUGCUCAUCUCACUUUAUUGGCCGAGGGAGCUGGCGUACAGCUUCCGGGACCGAGCAAUGGGAGCUCACCCCAUCACGGGGAUUCGAACUGCCAAUCUUCUGAUCGGCAAGUCCUAGGCUCUGUGGUUUAACCCACAGUGCCACAAUAGCCAUCUUCAAAUAUCUAAAGGGCUGCCACAUGGAAGAUGGAGCAAGCUUGUUUUCUCCUGCUCUGGAGGGUAGGAUCAAAAUCAAUGGAUUCAAGUUACAAGAAAGGAGAUCCCGGCGAAACAUCAGGAAGAACUUUCUGACAGUAAGAGCUGUUCGACAGUGGAACGGUCUUCCUUGGGAGGUUGUGGAAUCUGCUUCCUUGGAGGCUUUUAAGCAGAGGUUAGAUGGCCAUCUGUCAUGUAUGAUCUAGUUGAGAUUCCUGCGUUGCAGGGGGCUGGACUACAUGAUCCUUAGGGUCCCUUCCAACUCUACAGUUCUGUGAUUCUAAGCAUGUGUAAGAACAUGCAGAUUAAAAAGUCACAUUACCUGUUAUUUUUUUUAAAACCACUUUAACCCCCCCGCCCCGAACUAAAGUGACACUGCAUAACAGAGCAAUUAUCUCCACUCCAGAGAACAUAAAUUUGGAUGUUCUUGCUUCCUGACAAGUCUCCUCUUCCAAUUUCCAGUCGUUUUUCUUUUGAAAAACGGUACACUCAUAUUUCAAAAAGGCAACUCUUAAAUGUGCAUUUAAAAGAGCUGUUGCUGGUUGCCUCCACAGGAGGACUGCGCUGCUCAGGUGUUGCCUUUUCGCAAUCAGCUGGAAGGAAAAUUAAAACUGUGGUUCCACGUGACCAUGGGUAGGCAAACCAAGGCCCAGGGGCUGGAUCCGGUCCAAUUGCCUUCUAAAUCCUACCUGCGGACAGUCUGGGAAUCAGCGUGUUUUUACAUGAGUAGAAUGUGUCCUUUUAUUUAAAAUGCAUCUCUGGGUUAUUUGUGGGUCCUGCCUGAUGUUUUUACAUGAGUGGAAUGUGUGUUUUUAUUUAAGAUGCAUCUCUGGUUUAUUUGUGGGGCAUAGGAAUUCAUUCAUAUAUUUUUUCCAAAAUAUAGUCCGGCCCACCACCAGGUCUGAGGGACAGUGGACUGGUCCCCUGCUGAAAAAGUUUGCUGACCCCUGCACAUGACCUUUGAGAUCGUUUUACUUUAUCUGGUAACGUCUAUCUCUUUGGUCAAUGAAAUAUACUCGGAGUCCUGCAGUGAUUUCAUGCUCUUUAUUGCAGCUUGUAAAACAGUGAUUGAAUUGCCCCCCAAACCUCAGGCUUUUAUAUACAUUAUUUACACAAUGAGUCCCAUCUGAUUGGCUGAUUCUGCUUCCCUCCUGGAGCCUGAUUGCUCUUUUCCUGCAAGCCAAUCACUUGUUGCAUUCUAGGAUCCUACUUGCCUAUUGUUCUAGGAUCCAAGCUUAGUACAUAACAGUCAAGAUUCUGAGUGUUGUCUAGGUAAAGGUAAAGGGACCCCUGACCAUUAGGUCAGUCAUGACCGACUCUGGGGUUGUGGCGCUCAUCUCGCUUUAUUGGCCGAGGGAGCCAGCAGACAGUUUCCGGAUCAUGUGGCCAGCAUGACAAAGCCGCUUCUGGUGAACCAGAGCAGCACACGGAAAUGCCGUUUACGUUCCUGCCGGAGCGGUACCUAUUUAUCUACUUGCACUUUGAGGGGCUUUCGAACUGCUAGGUUGGCAGGAGCAGGGACCGAGCAACGGGAGCUCACCCCAUCACGGGGAUUCGAACCGCCGACCUUCUGAUCAGCAAGUCCUAGGCUCUGUGGUUUAACCCACAGUGCCACCCGUGUCCCUGAGUGUUGUCUAAGCAGAAGUAAAUUCCAUGGGAGGGAGGUUUCCUCUGAACUCAAGAAGGGCAUGCUGGUUCAGGCCAGUGGCCCAUCUAGACUUCACAGUGGCCAGCCAGAUGCCUGGGGGAAGCGUGUGAGCAGAGUUUGAGGAAUGCUGUACUCUCCCUUCCUGGAAUUUCCAGCAACUGGUAUCCGAUGGCAUUACUGCCUCUGACCCUGGAGGCAUAGUGUAGUCAUGGAUAGCCUUCUCUUCCAUGACUUUGUCAAACCAUCUUUCAAAGCCAUCUGUUGAGUGCCCAUCGCUGCCUCCUGUCGGAGUGAUUCUCAUCAUUUCCCCCUCUGAAUAAUGAGAGGAAACUAGCAAAGUUUCCCCUUCCAGGAUGCAGAACGUACUGUUAUGGUUGAAUUCCAGUUUUCAAAACAGCCAUCCUUAAUUCAGUUUCAUUUUUACCCAAUAUAUUGGUACCGUUAUCAAGCAUAUCUAAAUGUUUGUUUUGUCUUUUUAACUGGGGUUAUAUUUGACUCCAGAACCAGAUUAGGGAAGCGGUUCCCACCCCCCUUUUAAAAAAGAGUAGGAAGAGCAAAACAGUUAGAAUAGCAGAUUUUAUUUUUUUUUAAAAAAGAAGAAAACAGAAUAAAACCUUUUAAAUUUUUAGCCCAAUAAAAUUGAGCAUAAAAUAAGCAGCAGUAAACUUGGCAGUAAGAGUUUAGUAAUAAAAUGUUCACAGCAGUAAAAACUUGCUGGAACAAUCAGAUCUUCUAUUGCCUGCAGAAAGCCAAUUGAUUUUUAAAAGAAAGAACAUUAUCUUUAAAUGGCAAGGCAUUCGUGGAAAAGAGAGAUUGGGAACUGGUAGCCUUUCAGUAUUUUCUUUUCUUUUUAAAGCAGGCACAUACCGAGAACAGGAAAUGACUAAUUAAAGGGCCAGUAGGAGGGAGAAACCUCACCAGCACAUUCACAGUCUGCUGCUGAAAUUGUAUUUUAAUGGUGGGGUGCAGUGCAGUGAAUCAUCACGAAUCAAGUCUGAGGAAAGACUGGAGAACGACACAGAAAACACUGGAAUAAAAUGGAUUCGCCAGCAAUGCUGCCUGUAUUCUCUCUGAAAACUGAGCGAAUGAAUGAGGCAACGGCUGGUGUGGUGAUCAGUGAUGGUCAGAGGAGGCGUCUCUAAGGCCAACUAUUAACAGCUUCCUGUCCUAUAUGCUAAGUGUGAGCUCAUUCUCCAAGUGUGGUCUUCAACCAGUGUGCCGUGGCACCCUUUGUUGUUGUUUAGUCGUUGAGUCGUGUCCGACUCUUCAUGACCCCAUGGACCAGAGCAUGCCAGGCACUCCUAUCUUCCACUGCCUCCAGCAGUUCAGUCAAACCCAUGCUGGUAGCUUCGAGAACACUAUCCAGCCAUCUCGUCCUCUGUCGUCCCCUUCUCCUUGUGCCCUCCAACUUUCCCAACAUCAGGGUCUUUUCCAGGGAGUCUUCUCUUCUGAUGAGGUGGCCAAAGUAUUGGAGUCUCAGUUUCAGGAUCUGUCCGUCCAGUGAGCACUAAGGGCUGAUUUCCUUAAGAAUUAAUAGGUUUGAUCUUCUUGCAGUCCAUGGGACUCUCAAGAGUCUCCUCCAGCACCAUAAUUCAAAAGCAUCAAUUCUUCGGCGAUCAGCCUUCUUUAUGGUCCAGCUUUCACUUCCAUACAUCACUACUGGGAAAACCAUAGCUUUAACUAUAUGGACCUUUGUUGGCAAGGUGAUGUCUCUGCUUUUUAAGAUGCUGUCUAGGUUUGUCAUCGCUUUUCUCCCAAGAAGCAGGCGUAUUUUGAUUUUGUUACUGCUGUCACCAUCUGCGGUUAUCAUAGAGCCCAAGAAAGUAAAAUCUCUCACUGCCUCCAUUCUUCCCCUUCUAUUUGCCAGGAGGUGAUGGGACCAGUGGCCAUGAUCUUCGUUUUUUUGAUGUUGAGCUUCAAACCAUAUUUGCCGUGGCACCUUGGGGUGCCUUGAAUGAUGGUCAGAGUGGGCAAUACUGGCCUCUGUCCCUCUUUCCUUCCCUCCCUCCUCCGAUGCCCUCUCGCAUCUCGGGCUCCCAAAGGCUUGUGCUGCUGUUUGUUGCAGGAGCCCUGGCUGCAAGCUCCCCAGGUGAAUGCUGCCUCUGGUCCUGGCCAGGGGUUGCUUCCCAGGAUCCUAUGGGGCAGUGUGAAGAGGCACCUCUCUUCAGGGGCGGGGAGCUCAGAGACCAGGGCAGCAGCUGCAGCUGCCCAGCGGACUCCCAAGGAGAGGGGAGAAGAGAGGAGGCUGAGGGAACACUCCACAAGGGAGGGUGUUCGAAAAGGGGUGAGGGGCUGCCAGCUCUGCAGGCAAGGGGUGUGAAAUAUACUCGGAGUCGAGAGUGGAUUUCAUGCUCUUUAUUCAGCUCAUAGUGGUGAGGAGGAAUGGAAGUUCCCCCACAAUAUCUGCUUUAUAUACAUUAUUUACACAAUGGGCCCCACGUGAUUGGCUAAUUGCAGGAUUCUCCUGUAGGCCAAUCAGGUUGUGGAUUCACUUCCACCUGGAGCUGGAUUGGGUGGCUCCUGUGGACCAAUCAUACUGCUGCAUUGUUCUAGGACCAAUCAGACUGCUGCAUUUUGGAUCCUAUUGUUCUAGGACCAAUCAGAUUGCUGCAUUUUGGAUCCUAUUCAACUCAGUACAUAACGGGGUGACAUAACUGGGCCCCACAAGGGUGCCACAGAAAGAAUGUAGUUGGUCAAGGGAGCCGUGGACCCCCAACAAAUGAAAACCUCUGGCUUAUGGGAUGAAAACAGUAUCACCAUACACAAGUGUGAAAUCCCAAUGUUUACAGAAGUCCAAAAAAGAUUGUAAGGGUGGGAGGAAUUAAGGAUAGGGCACCUCCCCCACCCCCAGCAGCCCAGUUAGGACCAAGCAUGCUCAGUGAGCAUGGGGGUAGGGAGCGAGGCGGAUAGUAACGCUAGGGAGGGCCUGGCUGAGUGGCUGAAACACUGAGCAGUAGCAGCACUUCACGCUGCAGCAAUCUGUUGCAGUUUCAGUUACAUCUCUAGGGAGUCUCAACAAUGAUCGGUCAGGGCAGGUCAUGUGGUUCUAUCUGACCCUUAUAAAAACUUCUAGGUUAGACUAGGGGUCCCUCCAAACUGGUGGCUGUUGUGUGUUUUCUGCAACAUGUUACGGACAAAAUAAUAAUGCACUAGUAGCAGAUUUAUACUGGGCUGCCCACACAUCAUUUUGCUUUACACUAGCUGACCAGUGACAUUUGCCCAGUUUUUUGCCCAGUCAGGAGAGGUCAUCUUGCAAAAGUGCAACAAAUACAGGACAAGACAAAGAAAAAGCUUAAAAUGGAACAAUUAUGGUAUUAAAAAGAUCAGAGCAGGAAGUUAUUGGGUGUGUGCUAAUUGGAAACGAAGCAGAAUGGGUCCCACUCAGAGUUAACCCACUGAAGUCACCAGGCCUAAGUGGGUCAUGUCCAUUAUUUUCACCGGGUCUAUUCCAGUGCUUUUUUUCUAUAAAAAAAAAUUAAAUGUUUAGGGGUACAGUGGUACCUCAGGUUAAGUACUUAAUUCGUUCCGGAGGUCCGUUCUUAACCUGAAACUGUUCUUAACCUGAAGCGCCACUUUAGCUAAUGGGGCCUCCUCCUGCUGCUGCUGCCGCGCCGCCAGAGCACGAUUUCUGUUCUCAUCCUGAAGCAAAGUUCUUAACCUGAGGUACUAUUUCUGGGUUAGCAGAGUCUGUAACCUGAAAUGUAUGUAACCUGAAGAGUAUGUAACCCGAAGUACCACUGUACUUUCAUUUUGACUCAAGAAAACCCCCAUUUUAUAGUUCAAAUCAGGAAAAAUAAAUGCAGUAAAUGGACAAAAGUACAAAUAUUCACAAAUGUUUAGGGGUAUGUGUAUCCCUGCGUACCCCCCCAAGAAAAAAAGCAUUGGUCUACUCUGAGUAGGACUGGCUUUGGGCGCAACAACCCUACAUCUGCUUUUGCGAGGCCCAAGCUGUGUUGAAAUGAUCACACAUAAAGGUCCACAAACUGUAAUAAAUGUACAGUUAAAAAAGUACAUUUGGAGGAGCCUUCAGUUGGAGCUGGGUCCCGUGUAUAGAUUUUUGCCCCCUCAGAGAUUCUGAAAAUUGUAUGACAGUUCUUCUCCUCCGCUCUGCAGACGGCGUGAGCGACUCCCAACGCAUCAUUGGGGGCUACAUAGUUUCACCCCACUCUUCCAAGUACCUGGUCUCUCUGAAGAGGAAUACAGGCUACCAUUUCUGUGGUGGAGCCCUCAUCAGUCGGAACUGGGUCCUGACCGCCGCCCACUGCAAAACAGGGUAAGGAGCCAAGGCACACUGCAGAACAUCUGAACGCUCUCCAGGUCCAUCCAUCGGGCAUCCUCCAUCAAAAUAGGUUGGUGGGCAGCACUGAUUUGGAAACGUUGCACAAACUCAAAAGCACAUCAAAGGUUUAAAAUCCAAAGCAGAAAGAGAUGUUUCUUCUUGGUUUUGAGUCCCUCUUGCCUCCUUCCUAGGAGGGGAGGGAACUCUGUUGAAAACAGAAAAAUAAAGUGAAGGCGGUGAAGGUCCUGUGUGAGUGUCUGGAGGCGGUUGGAGGAUGGGUGGCAGCUAACAGAUUGAGGUUGAAUCCUGACAAGACAGAAGUACUGUUUUGGGGGGACAGGAGGCGGGCGGGUGUGGAGGACUCCCUGGUCCUGAAUGGGGUAACUGUGCCCCUGAAGGGCCAGGUGCGCAGCCUGAGAGUCAUUUUGGACUUGCAGCUGUCCAUGGAGGCGCAGGUCAAUUCUGCGUCCAGGGCAGCUAUCUCCCAGCUCCACCUGGUACACAGGCUGAGACCCUACCUGCCCACGGACUGUCUCACCAGAGUGGUACAUGCUCUGGUUAUCUCUUGCUUGGACUACUUCAAUGUGCUCUAUGUGGGGCUACCUUUGAAGGUGACCCGGAAACUACAACUAAUCCAGAAUGCGGCAACUAGACUGGUGACUGGGAGCGGCCGCUGAGACCACAUAACACUGGUCUUGAAAGACCUACAUUGGCUCCCAGUAUGUUUCUGAGCACAAUUCAAAGUGUUGGUGCUGACCUUUAAAGCCCUAAAUUGCCUCGGCCCAGUAUAUCUGAAGGAGUGUCUCCACCCCCAUUGUUCUACCCAGACACUGAGGUCCAGGGGACCCGGCAGAGGGCCUUCUCAGUAGUGGCACCUGCCCUGUGGAAUGCCCUCCCACCAGAUGUCAAAGAGAACAACAACUACCAGACUUUUAGAAGACAUCUGAAGGCAGCCCUGUUUAGGGAAGCUUUCAAUGUUUGAUGGAUUACUGUAUUUUAAUAUUUUGUUGGAAGCCGCCCAGAGUGGCUGGGGAAGCCCAGCCAGAUGGGCAGGGUAUAAGUAAUAAAUUAUUAUUAUUAUUAUUAUUAGUAGUAGUAGUAGUAUAAAGAUCUGCCUUGCUUUCAUUGCAUCCUGCCUCCAUCCAUUCAUCUCUGACCAAUCAUGGACUUAGGGGACUCAGUCCCUUGGGGAGUUGGGCAGCAAAAGCCAACCACCCCAAUUUUUUCUGUAUCAGUGGCUGAAGGAAAUUUUUGUAGAGUAGUAAUUUAAUGGGAAAGGAGCAUGAAGGAGCAGGUGGAUAGAGGAGGAAACCCGAGAAAAGGGGCAGUGGACAGCUUUUAGCCAAAUUUCUCCCCCUGUUGCCAGUUUUACAGCAAAGCUCUUCCUACAAAUUAACUACUGUCUUAUAUGGUUCUGGAGAGGUUACUACACUGCCCAUAUGUGGUAAGCCCAAAGGCAUAUCAAGAUCUGACAAUCCUGCAUAACAGACCCCUGCCUAACCCAAAUCUGACAGGUUUGUGAUAAAUCCACCCUCAUCCUGUUUUCUUGCUCCUCUUUCAGAAUCCACCAGAUGCUGAUCGUAGCCGGGGAAUAUUCGCUUUCCACGUUUGAAGGCACGGAGCAGAUCUUCCGACCUGCCCGCAUGGUGGUCCAUCCAGAAUACAGCGCCACUUCCAAAAAUGCAGACAUCAUGCUUAUCAAGGUAACAAAGUUUCCUGGGUGUCAGAAUGGGGUCAGGAUCGAAAGGAAGGGAGAGUUUCAGCUGGAGUUGUGGGCGGUAUGCCCAGGUGGGCCAGGAUCCACAGCCUGCUGGCCAGAUCUUUGAAAAUGGUGACUUUUUAAAAUUGCAAUUAUAUGGGGGACUGAAAAACAAAGAUAACGGAGAGACACCAGUCAUGGGCAUAGCCACGAUUUUUGGGAAGGGCAGGCAAAGUUGUUCAGCUUUUUUUUAAGGAAAUCCAAGCUGUUGAGCUGGGAAGGGAAGAGGGAUGAAAUGAAACAACGGGCAGCCUUUCAUGUGAACAGCUCCAAAUCCUUACCUAGUUUGGAGUGAGGCAUCGCUUAGUUUUAGCUUGUGCAAGCAUGGUAGAUCACAAAAGGUGCAUGUGCACAUGUAAACAAAUCCCUAUGUAUCUCAGCUUCCCCGGCUUGGAACAACACACACACACACAAACAACAUAUGGCUGCUGUUUUGUGCAAAUCUGGUAGACUGAGAAACUUGUUGUUUUUUUAAAAAAAGGUUUGUGCUUACAGGUAAACAGAUACCAGUGUGUAUGCCUAUAAUGACCUCAGGCAAGGCCCGCCUAUCCAGGAAGUGGUGUGAAGUAGCUGCCUCAUGGAUGCCUCCUGCCACGGCCCCAUCUCUGCCAGAGAAAGGGUGCUAGUAUAGGUGCUGGUUUCCUGUAAGGUCUUGCGAGAUCUCAUCAAAGUCUUGCAAAGAGAGCAAUGUCAAGGAGAGCAAAAGAUCUCAUGAGAUUUGGGUGAGAUCUUGCAAGCUCUUUCAGGGAAUCGGUACCAAUGCCCAAGGCCUUGCAGAGCCAGGCAGAGAUAGAUAAUGUGCCAGGUAGAUAAUGUGCCCCCCCCCCCGUUUUUUUACCCUGGGGAUAACUGAAGUCUUAUAAAUAAGUAAGUAUAUAAAUAAUUUUCACAAAAGUUAUGCUGACAAAUAAUUUUAUUUCAAGGCUUGAACCGUAUCUGCAUAUAAAGACAAAAUGGAAAAUAUAAAUAUACAAUAGUGCUUUGUAAAAAUACAUAGGGAAAAGGAUUAUUUUAAGUAUUUACAUUUAAAAAUGCUUUCCUCGCGCUGCCAGCCAUGGCCCCAGGGAAUCCGCCCACCACUGCCACCGCCUUUGCGCCUCCGCGUUUGCCCCAGUGCAUCCCCAGCGAUUGUGAAUAUGCUGACUGAGGCCCCCUUGGAAUCAGAGGCCUGGGCCAAGUGGCCCAUAUAGGCCCCCCUCUGUCUGGGCCUGCCAAUGCCAGCGGUGCUUCUCCACAAGCAGUGGUACAGCUGCAGUGCCACUGGCAGGUGGCACAGAGGUGGCGAGUGGUGGUGUGGCAGAGCAGGGCGGCACUUCCUGUUUGCCUCAAGUGCCAAAAUGGGACGUACCACCCCUGACCUCAGGAUCCCAGGAGUUACAGCUGUUAGUUCUGAAGGAAAGAAGGCCAGGACCCACAGCCCAGGUGGGUCUCACUUAGAGAGGCGAUGUGCAAUUCCUUAGCUGGAGAAGGCUCAGGCGACGGUCAGAUGCCUCGUCAAGCCCAGAAGGCGUCCUGGCCAGGCCUGCGUCAAUAUGCCAAUGAAUCAAAAUCCUAGCAUUUAUUCAUUUCUAUGGGUUUUUUUUGGGGGGGUCCCCUCCUAAAUCUAUAAUACCCUCGUUAUCACAGCUGUUCCUCUUCUUCUGUUUCCACAUUGUUUUCGCCAGCUUGCUUGCUGGUAACGACACACGCGACGUAACAGGCUGUAUGUAACAGUAUAACUUCUGUUUCAAAAAACAAUUCACCACAUCAGUGCUGGGCAAAGAGUCAAUGAGCAAGCGUUACAUUUACAGCCUGCAGUGCAUUGAAAGAAAAUAUUAUGAAAAUGAUGUAUAGGCGGUAGUUAACGCCAACUAAACUUGCUAAAAUGUAUCAAAUGACAAAUAAGGAAUGUUGGAAAUGUAAAGAAAAAGAAGGGAAUUUUUACCAUAUGUGGUGGACAUGAAAACCUUCUGAGAUUUGAUAUAUAAUAAUGCACACACACACACACACACACACACUUUUUAAAAGAACCAGAAGUGUUUUUACUGGGUAUAGUAGGGGAAGAAAUUCCUAAAAGAGAUCAAAAAUUAUUUAUGUGUGCAACCACUGCAGCAAGAAUUUUAAUAGCCCCAAAAUGGAAACAACAGGAGUUACCAACAAUUGAAGAGUGGCAGACGAAGAUGAUGGAAUAUGGCGAAGCUGACCGGUUAAAAUCCGAAACCAGCGAGAUCAAGCUUUCCAAAAAGAUUGGGGAAAAUUUAUACAAUAUUUGAAGGACAAUUGUAAACAGUUAACAGCAUUGGCAGGAGUGAUUUGAAAAGGCUUAUAAGGUUGAAAAUUCUACCUUUUUACAGAUAAAUUAAAUAGGACAAUAGGAAAGGGGGGAAAUUAGAAAUGUGGUGAUAUAGCAAAUAAAUAAAGUAACCAUGAGGUGGGAAGGGGGGAAGUCAAUGAGCUCAAAUGAGCUUGAGUUUAUGUGAAAAAACGAAGAUUGUAUUUAUAUGUUAUAAAACUCAAUAAAUAUCAUUUAAAAUUUAAAAUUAAAAAAGUCAAUGAGCAAGCAGGCAGUGGCACCUGCCAAUCCUCCUUUGUCUGAUGCUGCACCAAUGUCUGGGCUUGAACAAAUGGCAACUGAGUGAGAUGGUUGCAGUGAUGAAGGAGCUCAAUGGAGCUGCUUCUCAGGUGUGGGUUCUUUGCAUACACCUGAGCACGCCAACCAUUGGCACCACCGGCCCAAACUGGAGGGUCUGCAUCUGGGUGAGAUUGAAUUGAUGGGAUAAGUAACCUGCCCCCACCCCCAUCCCUUGAUGUCUCGAAACAGCUGAACCGGCCGGUGGCCUACAGCCCCUUUGUCUCCAUCGUGCCCCUUCCCCAGCAAGGAGCCACGGUCCGGGACGGACGUUUCUGCCAAGUCUCCGGUUGGGGUUACACCACUCCCAUCGGGGGCAGGACGUCGGACACUCUGCGCAGCGUCCACCUCCCCAUCAUCUCCACGUGGAAGUGCAACAGCUCCUCUUCGUACGCCGGGUACAUCACCAGGAACAUGAUCUGCGCCGGGUUCAACACCGGGGGGAAAGAUGCCUGUCAGGUAAACGCCGGUGUCCGUUUAGGAGAGGAAGUUCAGAAGACUAAAUGCCUCUUUGGAAAACUGAUCAGCUUAGCGUAGGGAGGGUGGGUUGGGGUCUCAGCCAGAGGCAGUAACACUUCCUGAAUAGCAGUUGCUGGAAACAACAGGAGGGGAGAGGGCUUUUGUGUUCGAAUCCUGCUUACGGGUUUCCUGCAGGCAUCUGGGUGGCUUCUGUGAGAACAGGAGGCUAGACUAGCUUGUCCAUUGGCCUGGUCUUGCAGGUUCUCCUUACGUUCUCAAGCCUGAGAGCCAAAUGUGGCCCUCUAGCUCUCUUUAUCUGGCCCUUGAGACUCUCCCUAGCCACAUCCCCUCUCUGCCAAUAGGCUGGAGAUUCCAUGCCACCCCUGGGUUUUUGGAUAUGAAAGAGGGUUCUCCCCACCCUGUACUGUACUUUCCUGUUGUCUUCCAGAAUGGUGGCUGCGUUGAUAGAAUGACCCCCACUCUGUGCCUUUCAGAAAUAAACCUUUCCCUGCUGCCCACCUUCUGCGUUUCUCCUUCAGCUGUGAUUCAUCUUUAUUUGAGAAGGGCUUAAUUCCAAGGGCAGAUAAUCCAGUGCUUCCUGCUUUACCAGUCCCAGUUUUCCUGGUUGCCCAUAAAUUGCUGUUCUCGUCUUUGACAGGUUGGGGGAUCCCUUCUUGAAAUGUUCUUCGAGAGAGCUGAUGAUGUUGCUGUUCUUUGGGGUUCACCCCCUCCCUCUUUGCUAGCAAUUAAAUUUCGGAGGCGACGACUGCACGCUUCCAUGCUCAGUCAUGCACCUAGACACAUAUUGUUGCACACCACCCCAAAUAUAUACAGCCUAAACCUACAAUGGAGGAGCUUACAGCGUUAGCACCCCAAAUCCAAGAGGGUCUUCCCAUAGCCACAGGCUUUGAUUCCAGCAGAAAUCAGGCAUGCCUUUGUCACUCAACUGCCCAGCCUGCAGCCUGCUUCUAGCUUCUAGUACACACACAAAGGUAAACGUAAAGAACGUGGGUGGUGCUGUGGUCUAAACCACUGAGCCUCUUGGGCUUGCCGAUCAGAAGAUUGGUGGUUUGAAUCCCCGCGAUGUGGUGAGCUCCUGUUGCUCUGCCCCAGCUCCUGCCAACCCAGCAGUUCGAAAGCACGCCAGUGCAAGUAGAUAAUUAGGUACUGCUGCAGCAGGAAAGUAAACGUGGUUGCACCAGAAGCGGUUUAGUCAGGCUGGCCACAUGACUCAGAAAGCUGUCUGUGGACAAAUGCUGGCUCUCUCGGCCUGAAUGUGAGAUAAGCGCCGCAACCCCAUAGUCGUCUUUGACUGGACUUAACCAUCCAGGGAUCCUUUACGUUUACCUUUUUUACACACACACACCACACUGGCUUUUACCUUUCUACCUUUCACAACAUUAACACACCAAUAAGGUCUUGCUUCUCCCAGAGCUGCAGCCUUGGGUUCAAGCAGAAACUAAGCAUGUCUCUGCCUCUCUGUUUUCUGCCUGCUUCUAGCUGUCUCAUGCACACCUCAGGCCAGACCAGCUAACGGCUAGUUGAGAGAGGGGGCCCAUCUGUUUGUGUAUGAAUCCUGCACAGAGCCACUUCCUUUGUUACCUUAAUGGCCCAUACUUAGGAGCCACUCCCAAGAAACUUGUCUGGCUAUUCCAGCAACUGGCUCCUAAAUGUGCCACUCUUCCUUUUGAGUGUUAUGCUUCCAACAGGGACCAGGUGGGGAUGGGUCGAGACUUUAAAAGAGCUUUGUGAAAUUACUUUUUAAAAAUGUAGUUUGCUUUUUAAUAUAAAGAACCGAUGGAUAUUAGCAGCUGCUUUGACAAAGCUUUAAUGCUAAUUCUCUUCACUGUGUUUCCACCCCCCCUUUCUUUCUCCCACCAGGGCGAUUCUGGGGGGCCCUUAGUGUGUGAAGGGCGCGUUUUUGGGAUCGUUUCCUGGGGCCACAGCUGCGCCAGCCCCAGAUACCCAGGUGUCUACACGGCAGUCUCCAACUUCCAGAAAUGGAUUUACAAGACCAUCUUCAAGAAAUAA